CGCGCCGUGUCGCUGUCCUGCUUCGGCACCCCUGCAUGGAGCCGCGGGAGUCCUGGGCGGCCUUGGCGGCUGGUGGAGUUGCUGGUGUCUGUGUUGACUUGAUCCUUUUUCCCCUGGAUACUGUAAAAACAAGACUGCAGAGUCCUCAAGGAUUUAGGAAGGCUGGUGGUUUUCGUGGCAUCUAUGCUGGUGUUCCUUCCACUGCUAUAGGAUCCUUUCCAAAUGCUGCUGCAUUUUUUAUCACCUAUGAGAAUGUGAAAUCCAUGCUGAACCAUGGCUCUACAUCUUGCUUGACUCCAGCAACACACAUGCUGGCUGCCUCCCUUGGGGAAGUGGUGGCAUGCCUCAUACGGGUUCCAUCUGAGGUUGUCAAGCAAAGGGCCCAGGUUUCUCCUUCCUCAAGUACCCUCCGGAUUCUCUCCCACACCUUGUAUCAUGAGGGUAUUCAAGGACUUUAUCGGGGUUAUAAAAGCACAGUAUUAAGAGAGAUUCCUUUCUCUCUGGUACAGUUUCCCCUCUGGGAGUCCUUAAAGGAUCUCUGGUCAUGGAAGCAGAGUCACGUGGUGGAUUCUUGGCAGUCAGCAGUCUGUGGAGCUUUUGCAGGUGGAUUUGCAGCUGCAGUCACCACACCUCUCGAUGUAGCGAAGACGAGAAUUAUGUUGGCAAAGGCUGGUUCCAGCAACGCUAGCGGUAACGUUCUGGCUGCCCUCAGUGGCAUCUGGAGGACACAAGGCCUGUCGGGCUUGUUCGCAGGUGUUGUCCCACGGAUGGCAGCCAUCAGCCUGGGAGGCUUCAUCUUCCUGGGGACAUAUGAGAAGACUCGCCAGCUGCUGCUCUGACCCAGCCAGGCCGGUCCUGCCGGUGGCCUCCGAAGAGCUGGAGAAGCCGCCGAGCUGGAGGAGGAGUCCGCCUGUGAACGCAGCCUUCCUCCUGCCGCCCCUCGCUGUGCCGCAGCAGCUGUUCAGCAGGCUGAGCACCACUUUCACUGUUCAAGAAAAGUAAAUCCUCCAAUAAUCCAAUUUCCCAAACAUGAAAUUUUCCUGCAUGAAAAGUGAGUGAAGUCAUUGGGAGAGUUGUGCCAAAAAAGUAAUGUUUGGGGGGUAAACAGCUAAUUACAGUGGCUGAGAAAGGCGUUAUUAGAACUCCUGCAGGGGAAAUGUUUUGCAAACCUCCGGAUCGUGGGCUGAGCUGGGAGGCUGAAAUAAAGCGAGUUUUCAUAAUUCAGUGGCACCUGCCUCAUAACACGGGGAGGGUUUUUUUGGUCAGGGAAGGGGCCGAUAGAGUUACAGCCUGCUGCCCUCCAACAGCACUGAAACUAUUCCAGGUUGGGAGAGCUCUUUCUUUGUAAAAGACAAUA